GUGACAUCAUCGCGUCUCCUUCAGCCUUUCCCCCGGAAGCAACGUUCCUUUCCCGGUAUUCCUCAGAAGGGUAGUCGGUGUGGUUACGAUCCCUGGGCGCGGGGCACGCCGGGAGUUGUAGUCCCAGCGGACACAGCCCCUCCGAGUCUCCGGAAGUGGAGGCGGGAGAGGCCGGGCUGAGCAGGCUCGGGGUAGCGAGACUCGCGGCUGGUGCUGGGGCGCUUCUCCCGGGGCGGGUCAUGAACGGGCCGGCGGACGGCGAAGUGGACUACAAGAAGAAAUACCGGAACCUGAAGCGGAAGCUCAAAUUCCUCAUCUACGAACACGAGUGCUUCCAGGAGGAACUGAGGAAGGCGCAGAGGAAAUUGCUGAAGGUGUCCCGGGACAAGAGUUUCCUCCUAGACCGACUUCUGCAGUACGAGAACGUGGAUGAAGACUCUUCUGACUCAGAUGCCACUGCAUCUUCAGAUAACAGUGAGACAGAGGGGACACCCAAGUUGUCGGACACACCAGCCCCUAAGAGGAAGAGAAGCCCUCCACUUGGGGGUGCCCCCUCCCCCACCAGCCUCUCCCUGCCUCCUUCAACAGGGUUUCCCCUUCAGGCCUCAGGGGCCCCCUCCCCAUACCUGAGCUCGCUGGCUUCCCCCCCCUACCCCCCAUUCCCUUCUGAGUACCUGGCCCUGCAGCUGCCCGAGCCCAGCCCCCUGAGGCCCAAGCGGGAGAAACGGCCCCGCCUGCCCCGGAAACUCAAGAUGGCGGUGGGACCCCCUGACUGCCCUGUGGGAGGGCCGCUGACCUUCCCAGGCCGGGGUUCUGGGGCUGGGGUGGGGGCAGCCCUGGCCCCACUGCCCCCACCCAAGAUGCCCCCCCCUACGAUCCUGAGUGCCGUCCCUCGGCAGAUGUUCAGCGACGCGGGCAGCGGGGACGACGCCCUGGACGGGGAUGAUGACCUGGUGAUCGACAUCCCGGAGUGAACCCCUCUGCCCGACCCCCUGCCCAGUGCCCUCUGUGUCAGCACACACGAGCCCCCGCCUUCCGCAGAGACGUUUAUUGACGCCCAGGUGCCAUGCUACGGCCACUGACACAAUCAGAAAAGGCGUAAACAUGCACGAAUGUCCCCCGGAAGGUGGGCCCUCUCCAGGGAGGGCAGGGGCCCUGCCUUCACACCCCAGCCUGAUCCAGGGGACAGUUAUUUAAAUGAGUGGCCAGGAGCAUCUGCCACCUCUCAGAGAGGCAGAGACCCUGCGGUGGCCCCCCGCUUAAAAGGGCAGCUGUACAGGGCUAGGUGUUGUGUUUUGUUUUGUUUUGUUUUAAUGAAGAUUCUGUAUUAAAGGAGUGGCUCUUUUUUUU